UUGAGUUCCUUUCUCCAGCUUAUGUAUGGUCCUUCUGCCUGAACUCACUGCACAUCUGAAUUCUGGAGGAAGCCAUUCAUCAUCGUGGUCUCUCACCACACACUGCAGUGCUAUAAAAUCGCUCAGUUCCACAGAGGAACAAAGUCUCAGUCCCUCUAGACCUUCUAAACACCGAGGAUGAGAAGCCCAGCGCUUUCUGCCCUCCUACCCUUGCUGCUCUCCCGAGCAUUGGCCUUGACCCAGGUUCGAGAAGACAUCCAUUCCUUGCAGUUUUUUGCCACCGCCAUGACUCAGCCUGGUUUGAGGGAGCAUUCCUUCAUCUUUGUCGGCUUCGUGGACGACACACAGUUUCUGUGCUACAACAAUCAGGGGGAAAGUCAGAGAAUGGAGCCGCGCGUGCAGUGGGUGAAGCAGAUGGGGUCCGAGUAUUGGGAGCAGCAGACUAGGACUGUAAAGGACAUUGAGAAGAAUUCCCUAGUGAACUUGCGGGAGGCCAUGGGCGUCUACAACCACAGCGAGGAUGGCUCUCACGUCUUUCAGUGUGUGUCUGGCUGCGAAGUGGGGCCAGAUGGACUCUUUCUUCGUGGGCAUGAGGAGCACGCAUUCGACGGCCGCGAUUACCUCGCCCUAAACCAGGACCUGCACUCCUGGACCGCAGGCGACACAGCGGCGCAGAUCACGCUGCGCAAGUGGGAGGAGGCUGGUGUCUCUGAGCAAAGGCGAUCCUACUUGAAGGGCGAGUGUGUAGAGUCGCUCCGCUUAUACUUGGAGAUAGGGAAGGAGACUCUGCUAAGAGCAGAUCCUCCAAAGGCACAUGUGACCCAUCACCCCAGACCCAAAGGUGAUGUCACCCUGAGGUGCUGGGCCCUGGGCUUCUACCCUGCUGACAUCAUUCUGACCUGGCAGAAGGAUGGAGAGGACCUGACCCAGGACAUGGACCUUGUGGAGACCAGGCCUUCAGGGGAUGGAACCUUCCAGAAGUGGGCAGCUGUGGUGGUGCCUUCUGGAGAGGAGCAUAGAUACACAUGUCAUGUGCAACAUGAGGCACUAACUCAGCCCCUCAUUCUGAAAUGGGACCCUUCUAAGCACACCAUACCCAUCAUGGGAAUCACUGCUGGCCUGGUUGUCCUUGGAGGUGUGUUCACUGGAGCUGUGGUUGCCAUAGCGAUGAGGAAGAGGCGAGGAUCUUGUGUUCUAACUCUUUCUAAAGCACAUUUGGAAAGAAGUGACAAAUAUCUCACGCUGAUGUGA